AUGAGUGCCAACGCGGAAGGGGGUGAGCUUCCCCCUCCCACCCGUUGCCAGGCAGCCGGGGCCACUGAAGCCCGCCCCCUGCAGCCCGUUUUUAGCCAGGCUAACAAGGGAGAGCUUCAGAACUUUAAGGGGUGCUUCCUGCAACCUGAGAGUGAAAGGAGAAGAGAAAGAACCCCUUUAAUAUCCAUCUGCAUAGCAGGCAUCAGUUCCAUCUUCAAGUUACUGCAGAAUCUGAACCCAGGAAAGAAACCCACGUGCUGCCUGUCCACCCGUGGACAGCCAGACGCCAAGGAGCAAGUACUCGCCAACCUUGCCAACUUCGCCUAUGACCCCAACAACUACCAGUAUCUGCGACAACUUCAAGUCGUGGAUUUAUUCCUCGAUUCUCUGUCGGAAGAGAAUGAGACCUUGGUGGAGUUCGCUAUUGGGGGCCUCUGCAACCUGUGCUCAGACAGGGCCAACAAGGACCACAUUCUGCAAGCAGGCGGCAUCCUACUCAUCACCAACUGCCUGUCCAGUCCCAAUGAGGAGACAGUGUUGUCUGCAGUCACCACACUCAUGUAUCUGAGCUCACCAGAUGCCAGCUCCCACCCUGAGCUGACCUCCACACCUGUGGUCCAGUGCAUGCUGCGCUUCUCUCUGUCUGCUAACACAAGGCUCCGGAACCUGGCCCAGAUCUUCCUGGAGGACUUCUGCUCCCCAAGUCAGGUGGCUGAAGCCCGCAGCUGGCAGGCUCACUCUGCCAUGGGUAUCCCACUGCCAAGGACUGAGGCCCCCCAGCAACCCUGACCAGGGUAGCUCCCAGUGCACGGCACUGUUAUUGCUGGGGACCGCAGUCCUGGCACGGAAGUAAGGGAGCAUAUUCUGCCAAAGUGGUGCCUGUUCUACCAUCUUAAAGGUAAAGGUUUUCGGCACAACAGGUGUGAUGAAAAGGCAAGAGCAGUGAGGACGCCGGACUUUGAGACCCGGAGGAAGUCAAAGCUAGUGCCAUCUUCCUGCGCUGACACUCAGCAGACUGGAGAUAAGGGACCUAUCCCCAUGAUACCCACCUCCAGGCGCACACCCUCAUGUCAGAGCUGGGGCCUCUAAAUCAGAGGGCGUGUGGGGAGCAGAGCCGGAAUGAAGGCUUAGGAGUGGCGCCUGUGCCUGAGGAAACGAGAGAUUAGCCCUUAACCGGAGUGUCUGGAGUAAUUCUGAAGUGGACAUGAGAAGUCUCAUCUGAAAGGACCUCAGAGGGCAGGGGUGUGGCUCAGUGAGAGUGCGCUUGGCAUGCACAAGGCCCUGGGUUUCACCCAGCACUGCAAGGAAAAAGAAAAAGAACUUAAGACCCGGGAAGCUGAGGUGUCACACCCCUCCCUCCAGGGCUGUGGAGGACCUCCCCCUCAAGUCUCCAGGCUGGCCAUCUGGACACGGUGGACUCUGACCUGUGUAACUCUGUGGCCUGGGAUUAACUGUCUCCACAGCCCUUCUGUCUGGAAGGUACCAUAUAAAGGUUUCAAAGACGAAGAUGUGGCCCCGGACCUUGUGAUGCAGCCCAGUGACUGUUCACAUGGCCAGCAGGCAUUAAGACCAAGGCACUGAGGGUGA